AUGAGUAGAAAUCAUCCUGUACCAGUACGCUCGAAUGUCCAUGAGGACGGUCAGCAAAAGCGAACAUUCACAUAUCGUUUGGGCCCGUCAAAUUCUCUACUUGGUUCUACGAGGAUGAUCGAUUAUCCUACUCCCCCAAGAACACAAUCUCCGGCCACAUCUAUCUCCAGUUCAUCUGCGCCUACGACUCCUCAAGGACUUGGUCUUCUCAAUUGUCCGUUUCCCAAUAACGGUGUUGAGUCUUACAGUACGGCUUCUUCCUUUCACCCUGUCAAUACUACUGUUGACUGGUCAAUGCCAGUAUCAACGUGUGGGAAUCCUUAUGGGGAGGGUCCACGACUCAAUCUACUUCCUACGUCGACACAUGCAAUGUCCAGCCGUUCCCUAAACGCCAUUGCCUUUUACACGUCGCCCGCUCUAUCAUCGUGCGGGUCGAUGCCCACACCGGAUGCGGAUGUUGGAUUUUCACUAGGCCAAGACCACAACCCAGUCAUGCUCCAGAGCAACUUCCAAGAGCAAGGGUGCCCUCAUGUCAAGCAAGAAGAUGCAGAAUCCUGGUUCAAUGAGCACGUCGAUAUGGAACGGCCACAUAGCAGUAUGAAUCUCUCAUCGUAUGGAAACAUGAAGAGCCCCAAUAUGAGGGCAUCCCAUGUCACCGGCAGUGGCCUGUUAUCGUCGCCGGCCGCUAAUUUUGGCGCUAUGUCCCCGGCCUCGUGUGGGCAGAGCCGGCAUUUCGGAGCAUCGCUCACAGCUCGAAGUGAUAGUGUCGAGUCUUUUACGACACUUGACCGCUUGCCUAGCAGUCGCAAUGCGGUCAACAGCCGAAGGCAUAGCACUAGCGCUGAGAAGCGAUAUGUCUGUUCAGUGUGUAAUCGAGCAUUUGACAAAAAGUACAAUCUGAGGGAACACGAGAAGAAGCACGACCCGUCCCGUGUAUCUCCGCAUGUAUGCCCCGAGCCAGGCUGUGGCAAACGGCUGGGAAGAAGGACAGACGUGAAUCGGCAUUUUCAGAGCGUGCAUGAGAAGGCGAAGAGGUUUGUCUGCACGAAGUGCUUCAAACGGUUUGACAGGAAGGACACACUUGCCAGACAUUGCGACCGUGAUGGAGCCUGUCCAUAUUCGAAACAGUAUGGCGAAAUGCAGAUCACAGAGCGCCCUCGCCUCGCACCGUCUGGAUCCUCGUUAAACCAUUUUACGCAAGAUGCCCAGCCAUCCGCCUUCAGUGCGCCGCCUCCUGCGAAUUACCUCGCAUCAUCCCCGGCAUUUCCGCCAUAUUGA